UACAGCUGAUCCUUGUCAAAGUGACGUGUGUUUACGUUUUUAGGUUACAUCCAUCAAUAAUAAUGCUCUUGUAAAUACACCUAUGUUAAACAGUAAACAAUGUCGGUUAGCAUAAAGAUCGAAGAUGCACAGCCUUCGCUGCCCAAAGUUCGCCUGAAGAUCAUAUGCUUCGACAUCACGAAUUACUCACAAACAAAGCAGUUCCUAAUUUGUUCCACAGCAGUCUUCAUCUUCUUUGUGCUCUACGGAUACAUGCAAGAACUCAUCUUCACAAUAGAAGGCUUCAAACCUUACGGAUGGUACCUUACAUUAGUCCAAUUUGGUUUCUAUUCCAUCUUCGGUUUAAUUGAGAAAUAUGCAACUAGCAUCAGCAAGAGAAAAAUUCCAAUUAAAACUUAUAUUUUACUUGCCGCAUUAACACUGGGCACUAUGGGUUUUUCAAACUCAUCCGUUGGAUACUUGAAUUAUCCGACUCAGGUGAUUUUCAAAUGCUGCAAACUGCUUCCAGUGAUGGCUGGUAGCAUUCUCAUUCAAGGCAAACGGUACGGACCAUUAGAUUUCAUUUCUGCCUCCUUAAUGUGUGUCGGACUAAUACUUUUUACUUUGGCUGAUUCCAAAAUAUCUCCCAAUUUUAAUACAAGUGGUGUGAUCAUGAUUUCUCUGGCAUUGCUUUGUGAUGCUGUUAUUGGCAAUGUGCAGGAAAAGUCCAUGAAGAAGUCAGGAGCUUCAAAUGCUGAAGUUGUACUGUAUUCUUAUUCCAUUGGAUUUGCUUACUUAUUUAUAAUAAUGGUGAUAAGUGGAAGUUUUACUGAUGGUAUUACAUUCUUUGCUCAGAAUCCCAAACAAACAUAUGGAUAUGCAUUCAUCUUCUCUUUGACUGGUUAUUUGGGAAUACAGAUUGUCCUGACUUUAGUGCGAACUUGCGGAGCUUUCGUGACCGUCACUGUUACAACAUGUCGAAAGGCUAUGACCAUCAUAAUUUCUUUUAUAUUCUUCAACAAACCCUUCGUCUUCCAGUAUUUAACUUCCGGGCUUCUUGUGGUCAUAGCAAUUUACCUCAACUUGUACAGCAAGAAGAACCCCAUGUCUUUUGAUGAUCUCUUCUACAAGAUCAUUUAUCUGAAGAGGUACAUCCCGUUGGGACACACCAGGAAGCAAGAGCGAUUCCACAAGCUCUCUGUAAGCAAUUAUUAGAUAGAUAUACAAAAUUUGUAUAAAAGCUAAAGAAAAUAAUAAAA